GGCUUUGUUUUGCUAUGGCGGCAAGUUCGUAUAGUUUUUUGUUUGUUUGUUUGUUUCCCAUUAUUGGGGUUAAGGGAGUUUUAAAACCAAACUUUUCCACGCCACCGGCACCCCACUCUUCUCUUCUGCAUUGAAGCCGUUUGCUUUUGGCAACUGAUUUGGAACUAGGAAGCACGCUAAUUCCCCGCGGCUCAUGAAAGUGACUCGCCUACAGUGAGUACUGUACGUCAACAACCUCACCAUGACCAAGCACACUGGCGUGGGCAGCCAAGAAGAGGGCGGCGGCAUCAUGUCCUCUCCCACCGCUGGGCUUCCGUACUCUCCGUCGGACUUCUUGGCCCGCUGGAUGCCGAGCAGCAGCAAGGCCGGUGUGAUUCUGGUCCCUGGGUCUCUGCACUGUGACUCCCCGGUAGCUUCUGUGCCCCCGGAGCCAGAUGACUUUGCCCCCAUGGCUGCCUCAGUGGACAGCAGCUGCGUGGGGAUGGAAAGCCUCUCCGUGGCACCUGGAGGCGACGUCUCGCAGGAGGUUUCCGUUUUGAUGAAGCUAGAUCAGCUGAGGAGGUGGCAGCAGCAUCUGGAGGAGCAGCUGAAAGCUGACCAGCUGGAUGAACUCCGUUGCCUCCAGGAGGAGCAGCGGAGCAUCCUGGCUCCCUCCAGUCCCGGACAGAGCCUCUCCAGUCAUCCCUGCGGACUCCAAAAGGAACACUGUCAAAAGGAAGAAGCACUCAUGCGGCUACAAAGUGGUCAAAAUGGUAUCGAAAGGCACGAUGAGGGAGAAGACCUGAGACAUGAUGGCUUUCCCAAGCUGACAGCAAAUAACCACAACAUUCACAACAAAAACAGAAAACAUGAUCCUAUGCUACAAGACAGGCCAAUACAGGCAAGCAAGCAGACAUAUGAGGAGUUAUUGGAGGAGCACCUGAGGUUGGAGGAGCAGAGGUUGAAAUCUGCCCAGCAACAGCAGAAUCCAGAUGGAGGGCAGUUGGCGGCACCCCCAAAACGGGCCUUUCUGAGGCGAGGCAAGGGCUUGUCUCGAUAUACCAACAAGGCCUCUGUUCCUAAAGAGGACUCAAACACAGAUCCCAAAACAUUGAGCCAGGCCCUAGUCGUCGCCCGCAGCAACUCUGAGCUGACAUGUAUCCAGAAAAGUGCAGCCAAGCGACUUCCCGUCCAGCGUAAAACCGCCACCCUUAACAAGGAGAACUCUCCAAGAGACAAAAAGGACAGAAGGGUUGAGAUUAAAGCAACCGGGACCAAAGUGUUGGGAUGCUACCAGAGACAAAACACAGGCGGGCAGGUGAACACAAACAAACUGGUGGAGGAGAGUCACCCCGCGACAAAGCAGGCGGGCGUGCAGGCAGCGUCGCCAGAAGUCUCUCAAUUGCUGGAGAAAGCAGAGAAGCUGCGACAGCCAGAGUGCGAGCACCAUCUGGAGAGCAUGGAGCUGGGAGAGUUUGAGCUCCUGGAGCAAAUGGCCGAGGAGCUCUCCUUCUCAUCUAACUCCUCCUUCGUCACCAAGGUUCUGCAGAUGGACUGUGAGAAGCGGAAGCUGCUGGGUGUGGCUGGUCUCCAUCAGAGACGGCUCUCAUCCACACCCAUCAAGUCACCGCUGGCCAGAGAGCAGCGGUGCAUCCCUGAAAUUAACGGUGGUGCUGUGAAGAGCCAUGACGAGGAGGAGGAGAACUCCUCAUCAGAGGCCGCCGCCGACUUUAAAGCACCUGAACGAGUAGUCACGCCGCCUGUUUUUCCUAUCAGCCUUUGCUUCCCCGUCCCAUCCGAGCCGCCAUACGACAAGCGCUCCUACCAGGAUGAUGACAGUGAGAGUGACAUCGUUGUCAGCAGCAUUGAGGACGACAACUCCACGCUGGAGGACAACAAAGAUGUGACAGCGGGCCGAGUCAUGUUUGCCGAUGACAAUACAUGGAACGACAUGGACGACACGGCGGUCAGCGCUGAACCCGUUUCUACAGAAACAGCCAAUCAAGAGCCAGACGCUGCUCCUAUUCCGCCGCCACCUCCUCCUCCUCCCUCCUCCAAACUCAUGAUGAAACUGUUCCACGUGCUCAAGCCAAAGACACCAAAUGCACCACUCCCUCCACCUGAUUUCUCCUCAAUUUACCCACCUGACAAGGUGGACGACAAGACGGGGCAGCAGGUACAGUCCAUACAGUUGAGGGAGCGACUGGUGGAGCUGGAACUCGAGAUUGAGCGUUUCAAGAAGGAGAAUGCGGCGCUGGGCAAACUCCGACAGGAGAACGAGAAGAACCAGGAAAACCUCAGGAAGGAGCGGUUGGCCUGGGAGCAGCAGCAAGCCGAGCAGAUGGCUCACUUUGAGGAGUACAAGAAGGAAGAUACCAGGAAACUUCAGCGCGAACGAAAACUCUUUGAGAAACACGCCACGGCUGCACGAGCUGUGCCCGACAAAAAGGAACGCGAGGAGAUACAGGCUCUGAAGCAGCAGCUGAGCUCCAUGCAGGAGGAUCUGCGGAAGAAGGAGAGUCGCUGGUCGGCCACUCACAAUCGCCUUCGCCAACAGAUCGACUCGCUUGGCCAGGAAAAUAACGAGCUGAGAGAUGAGGUGCGCAUACUGGAGAAACUUCGUCUGAGUGUUUUAAAGAACUCUUUCGACUCAGAAAAAGAUGUAAAAAAUGUGCCUCUUGUUACCAAAGGAGUUACAUUUGCUAAUCCUCUGGACUCCAGCGGGAGUGCCAGCCCUCCACAGGGCACCACUGCAGCGCCCAUCAGCGGCAACGCCAUUGCACAUGCGAGUAAAGGGAUGAAGAGCAGCCUGAGAAAGCCAACCUCCUCAUCAUCAUCAUUACGCAGACAAAUGUCAGAGGACAAGCAAAUGGCUGCCACAGAGAAAUCUCCAAAUGAACAAUGUUCUGAGAGCUGCUCGCCGAUUUUAAGAGAGUCAAAUGAAGCAGAGAGCACUAAGACUGAAUCUGUUCAGGAGGUCAUCACACAUCCUGAUGGCAAGGUGGAGAAGGUCCUGACGAGUGGCAACCGCGUCUUCGUGUUCCCCAACGGGACCACGAAGGAGGUGUCAUGUGACGGCGUGACUGUCAAAUUCAAGUUUUUCAACGGUGAUAUCAAAGAGGUGAUGGCCGACCACAGGGUGUUGUACUACUACGCCGACACCAGGGCAACACAGAUCACAUACCCGGACGGCAUGGAGGUCCUGCACUUCCCCGACAACCAGAUGGAGAAGCUCUUUCCAGACGGCCGCAAGGAAAUCACGUUUGCAGACCAGACUGUAAAGACGUUUUUCCCAGACGGCAGCGAGGAGAGCGUCCUGACAGACGGAACUGUAGUGCAACUCAAAACGGAUGGCACCCAGGAGAUCCAUUUCAACACAGGCCACAAGGAGGUGCACACUGCUGACUACAAGAGCCGAGAGUACCCCGACGGCACGGUUAAGACCAUCUAUGCCGAUGGACGGCAGGAGACGCGAUACCCCGGAGGAUGGCUGCGCAUCAAAGACAAGCACGGAAACCUGCUCACGGAAGCGCUGCCGUGGACGGGCCACAAGUAGUGUACUGUAUGAAACGCAACCGAACACAAGGAGCCUUUUCUAGUCCUUUAUUCAAGUUUGGACCUUCAGCAAGGAGCGUUAGAGCCACACUGGUAGGAAUUUUUUUUUUAAAGUGAGCAAUUAUCUUGUAAUGUUGAAGAAUAAACUCUUACUAUUACAAGAAAAAAAAUUCUGACGUUAAGAGAAUGAAGUCUGUUUAAAAAAAAAAAAAAAAAAAAAAUACAUUUGUAAAAAGUGAAUGUCAAAAUUUGUGUAAAAUGUUUUUUGUUGUAAUGUUACAUUUUUGUAGUAAUACAACCUAAUUCUCUUAUGGCCUUA